AUGAAUCGAAAUGCAGAUAUUAUUUUUACAGCAGAAUAUGUGAAAAAUGUUCUUUAUUUUGUUAUUGUACGAAAUGGGAAGAUUUUGAGGGAAACUUCCGACGCUCAUUAUUUUUGUAUAGACGAUGAAUUAGUGUAUGAAAAUUAUUAUUCUGACUUCGGACCUUUAAAUUUGGGAUGUGUUUACAAAUAUUGUAAGUUAUUAAACGAGAAACUAAGACUGUGCUUAAAAAAGAAAGCUGUUGUACAUUAUACAUCAGCUGAACCAAAAAAGAAGACGAACUCUGCUUUUUUGAUAGGAUGUUAUGGUGUUUUGUAUUUUGGUUUUUCACCACGAGAUGCGUUGAAACCGCUUCUAACACAUGGCCAAACUUACAGACAAUUUCAAGACGCAGCUCAGUUUGACUCGCCGUAUACCAUAUCCUUGAUGGAUUGUAUGCAAGCAAUUAAGAAGGCGCGUGAUUUAGGAUUUUUCAAUUUCCAAGAUUUCGAUUGCGGUGAAUACGACAGACUAAAUUCAAUUCAAGGAGGUGACUUAAAUUGGAUCGUUCCAGGAAAGUUUUUGGCAUUUAUCGGACCAGUUGAUUCCAGGCUCACUUCAUUUUACCAUCCUCCUGAGCUCUAUUUAAAAUAUUUUACGGAGAACAACGUUAAAAUAGUCAUAAGACUAAACAAGAGGUCAUACGAUGGUAACGUAUUCAACAAUGCCGGCAUCGCGCAUUACGAUUUAUUCUUUCCCGAUGGUUCCUGUCCACCGAAGCAUAUACUAUUUAAAUUUCUUCAAAUCAGCCAAGAGUCUAACGGAGCCAUAGCUGUGCAUUGCAAGGCUGGCUUAGGUCGCACCGGAUCCUUGAUUGGUUCAUAUUUGAUCAAACAUUAUCGUAUGACAUCUCAUGAGGCUAUUAGUUGGAUGAGGAUAUGCCGAUCUGGGUCCGUUAUUGGUCAUCAACAGGAAUGGCUGGAACAAAUAGAAUCAUGGCUGAUAAAACAAGGAAACCUAUAUAGGAAACACAAGUACCAGGACACUGAAAGACUGCCAAUACACGAGUUCGGAAUAUACUCGAUCGCGGAAAGAAAUUUUAGACAGAAGCCAGUUUUACUGCAAAAAUCACCUUCUCCGCCACCUCCGAUACAAAGGCACUUACGUCCUGAUAUUGCGGCUCCAGUAAGACCACAGGCAUCCAAAGUUCGAGAUAAUAGCGACGAAGAAGACGAGAUAUUUCUAACGUCGUGCGAUUUAACAGUUACUUCUGAAAUUCCAUUGACUCAAAUGAAGGGUUGUAUUAUAAAAAGUAAUAUCAUAAUAGAAGACGAAAACGAUAAUGGCCAUUUAGAUAAAUGGAAAGAUUUUUGGAAAAACUUUUUGUGUUGCAAGCCUUGUAUUCAAAUUUGCAAUGAUAGCUUAUGGAAGUUGUCGAAUUUUUUGAUGCGGAGUAGUAUAUUUAAUGAUCACCGAGGAAGACAGUUGAGUUCAACAGUCACAGUGACACCGGGGUGCACCAUACGAAUACCAACGAAUACUGCUCCUAGCUACGCAGCUCACAUGACACCGUCGUUUUUCAAUGCGGCUUCUAACACGACACAAAAGGGAAAUUUAACACAGAACAGACGUAGGCUCGGACGUAGCCCCAGUCCAUCGCCUACUCGUGUAUUAAAUAAACAAACACGGGCUACGAAUACGCCUCCUUCACCUGCCGAGAAGUCCGUUGAGAAGGGAUCAUCGAGGCUCGCAUUAAAAGAGGCUCUAUCAAGACUCAAAUUAAGCAACCCGAGAGACGGGUCUAUAGGGGCAGCGUCGGUUGGUGCCGCGUCCCUGGGGGCCCGACGUGAAGCGCCGGCGACCAAACGAGCGCCCAGCGUACGGUCGGACGAACGCCAUACUGCCACACAGGGAGAUAUGCUGAACAGCAUUAAGUUCCAAAGGCGACUACGGGAAACUUUGAACACGGACAGAAUUCGUAACGUGUUUCACGAGAAAAUUAGCGCUCAUCCAUCUAAAGACAGAUCAAAUAUCAAGAACUCUUAA